AUUGUAAACAAGCACUAACUGUCAGAUUUCCUGUUCACUUUCAUCUAAAUAGUAUCCAAAAUUGGUAGAUCUCAAAGAAAUGUUGAUGUCACAAGUAUAGAGAAUAUACUCCAGCACAGAUACAGUCAAUCUUAGCCAUGGGUGCUGGCUGUAGUAGUGAAAGACCUGAUUUUGUCGCCGAACCAAAGGUUCCUUCUUUCAAGAUUGUUCUAGUUGGUCAACCUGAGGCUGGGAAAACAAGCGUAUUCAACAGAUUUCUUAAGAAUCAGUUUGAUUACAGCUACAGGCCAACAGUGGAUGUGUGCAUUGAGAGUUCAGUUCGUAAAGUAAAUAUACCUGAAAACAAUGUUGUUGCUGUGACGAUAUGGGAUCUUCCAGGCAGGGAUGAUGUUGAUCUACGGAAGACAUAUUACAGAGAUCUAGAUGCUGCAGUUGUCGUAGUUGAUAUUGCUGAUCGUGAGAGUGUUGAGCUGGCAGCAUCAUGGAAGCAAGAGGUGGUUAAUAAUGCAACAGUAACAAAGACCAAGCGAGAGGUCGAUGCUGAUGGUCAGCCAAGGGUCACGGUCACCCAUAUUCCAGCAGAGCAGGGGACGAUACCUAUUUUGCUGCUUGGCAACAAGCUUGAUGUGGUAGAGGAGCAGUUUAUGAAGGACAAAGUUGAGGCGCUUGCAAAGAAGGCCCAAGAGAAAGUUGAGGAAGUUCAGGUCGAGACGAUAGAUAAGCCAUUUGAUGAGCAGAUCUAUUCGUGGGAACUUGACAGUUUGCCAGACACAUACAGAAACAAACAAAAGGAUAUAGAAAUGGACUCGCUGAUUGAUUUGAGGGCAAGGAAGGAAAUGAGAACACCAAUGAAAGCAGAUGAUAAACUGGAGGAGACACAGGUGCUGGAGGAUGACACACCAGAAAUGGUAAAACAGUUUCAGGAGAUCGGAGAGGAACACGGGUUCAUAUCAAGUUGUCCGGUCGCUGCGAAGUUUAACGAUGGUAGUGUGGGUUUAGCUAUGACGUCACUGAUCCGCCAUCUGCUGGAGAAACACCUCGGAAAGGCAUCACCAAAGAAAUGUGAGAAAGCGACAGUGGUGAAAGUUCACAAGAAGAAGAAAGGGGAGAAAGAUCCAAUCAAGCUUGACCCUGUUGGGGUAGAGCAGCUUGAUGAACUUUAUCAACGCUGCUAUCUUCCCAUGAAGAUGAACUACAAUUUCACCAAGAAUUACAAGUUCCUCCUGAAGGAAUUCCGCAUAGCAUGUGUUGAAGCACAGCUGGUGGAUGGAAAGGAGUGUACACUCUCUUCAUGUGUUACUGGUAUCAAGGAAGAGAUAGAGGGAGAUUAUGAGCUUAAGAUUGAAGAUGAUGGCUACUUCCUGACGAUUUCUGCUGAAAAGAAGCGGGAACUUGCUGACGAUCUUGAAGAAGAUAUGGCUAAAUGUGUUGAAACUCUUCAAAAGUUUUGUGAUGUUUGUCGGGCCAUUGCCAGAGAGGUCCCAGGAGCAAAGUCAUUCCUUACCAAACUUGACAACAUGUUGGAGGACCGAGCGGAGGAUGCAGCUGACAGGUGGAAGGCCGAGGGACGCCCAAAUCAAGAGCUGAAAACCUUUGGGAAGGCAGUUGAGAACCAUAACGCCGAGAUAGAUUCAUCUAUACACCAUAUGGAGGAAAACUUGACCACUGUGAUAAACACUAAAGAGAAAAUAAAAAAUGCCCUCAUGUGGUGAAGGGUGCAUUUGUCUUCAGAAAGAAUACAGGGUCCAUUUCCAAAAUUAGUGGUUUAGGAAUGUGAGUCCUGUCUGUUGAUAGACACUAUCUGCUGUUAUCCCUUAGUGCUGUAUUCAUAAAAGCUGCAGAUUCAAACAAUCACCAAUAUGUAGAUCCAUCCAUUUUAUGAUGUUUACAUGUAUAGACAAUCAAUAUUUUUGUACUUUAAUGACUUCAGGAGUUUAAAGAAGUACUGUAUGAUUAUAAUCCUAACUAACCAGUCCAUCUGUUUUAUAAUGUUUAUAUUCUACUGGAGUAGGAGUUUAGAAGUACCAGUAACCAUGGUAAUGCUGCUGACCUCUGUUUUUUGUACCAGUAUCCCUAUAUAUUAUUGUCAGCUUGCAAUGUUUAGCAAUCUUUAGUUUUCAAGUAAAGUGUGUGAUCAGUAUUUCAUUAUCUAGUCUUAAGGAUGCAGGUUGUCCUUUGAAAUGAUAAAAUAUUUUGGUGAAAUCAUUUGGUAUCCCACCUUAUAGUCAAACUGUUUUCCAUGAUUGGUUUUGAUUAGUGAACAGCUAGUCAAGUCUAACAAGUCAUUAUCAAAGUCAUAAUGAAUCAUGGUGGUUACUUUCAUAACUUUUGGAUGAUUGCCAGCCAAUUUUGUUGUGCUCAUUUAUAAUCAUCUUCUGCAUUCGACUAUUAUUCAGUCAUGGUGUCUGUGAUCAUUUUGAAAUAGUUCAGGUAAAAUAUUUUCUGGAAGCUGGUAUUCCAAUAGCAACUGUACAAAAAAUGAUAAUAAUAAAAUAA